ACCGCAUCAGCGCUUCAAGGGCAAAAUUACAGCCAGGGAUCCUGUUGAGGAGGAGUCGAGUACAGUAAGCCAGCACUCACAUAAAAAUGGUGCCGCCUUCUGUUUAGUCCAUUCCAUAAGAAAGAUGGGAGUCACGUUUUCGUGUAACAGACCGGAGAAACGUUACACCGUCUUACAGCGCGCCCACAGCUCCACGUGAAGACCACCGUGUUUUGAAUACUUUCCACGACCUGUUUUAAAGGGGCAGCACCGCGGCUCACUCACAGAAGUCAUCAUGGCGGACUCCAGCUUCAAUAACCUGACAUCACUCGCGCGGGCUUUAUCACAGCCGACACUGAAUGUGAUAGAGGCGAAUGAUGUCGGUCCUGCGAGAAAUGUUCUGCACCCGCGUCGAAGGAGAAAGUUGUCGAGCUGUAGCUCGUUUGAGCACGUUGAGACGGUGACUUCACCUUCCGCCGUCGAGGCGCGAGUCCUGGUCAUAAACACCGGGGGAACCAUCGGGAUGACACUUCAUGAUAACGUACUUGCCCCAAAGGCUAAUGCUUUUGUGCAGGGCCUGCGCAAGUUGCCCAUCCUCCACGAUGAGCUGUAUGCCCAGCAGACCUGCCUGUAUGAGUACUAUGGAUCUGAGAACAGCCUGGUCCUGCCGAAGCCAACACCCCAUGCUGGCCGUCUAUAUCACGGGCUGAGCAAAGACAAUAAGAGGAUAGUCUACAAUGUGUUGGAGUAUAGCCCUUUGCUGGACUCCUCCAAUAUGACCACAGAUGACUGGGGUAGGAUUGGAAAGGACAUUGAGAAAAACUAUGAAAACUACGAUGGUUUUGUGAUCCUCCAUGGCACAGACACGAUGGCUUACACAGCCUCUGCCCUGUCCUUUAUGUGUGAACAUUUGGGCAAACCAAUUAUUCUCACCGGAUCACAGGUGCCGAUCUAUGAGAUGAGGAAUGACGGCAGAGACAACCUGCUGGGGGCGCUGCUGAUUGCCGGCCAGUUUGUCAUUCCUGAGGUGGCUCUGUAUUUCCACAACAAACUCUACAGAGGGAAUCGUGUGACCAAGGUGGAUACCGGCAGUUUCAAUGCCUUCGCCUCCCCUAACUUGCCUCCUCUGGCCACUGCUGAAGUGGACAUUACAAUCAACUGGGAUACAGUGUGGAGAGCAAACACUACUGCAAAGUUUCAAGUCAGCACUGAGCUGAACAGGAACGUGGGCCUGCUCAGGCUGUUCCCAGGGAUCACUGCUGCUACUGUGAGGGCUUUCCUGCAGCCGCCCAUGGAGGGUGUGGUCCUGGAGACCUACGGCAGCGGAAAUGCCCCCGAUAACCGUUCUGACCUGUUGGAGGAGCUAAAGAAGGCCACAGACUCUGGUGUCAUCAUUAUCAACUGCACCCAGUGUCUGAGGGGGACCGUGUCUGCGUCUUACGCCACUGGCAAGGUGUUGAUGGAUGCAGGGUUGAUAGCUGGUGGUGACAUGACUCCAGAGGCUGCCCUGUCAAAGCUGUCCUACGUAUUGGCCAAGAAGGAUACAGAGCACGAAACCAAGAAAAAGAUGAUGGCUCAGAACCUGCGAGGUGAGAUGAGCGCUGACUUGGCAGGAGCCAAGCUAUGUCUGAGCGACAGCCGUUUCAUCCAGGUCAUCGCCAAGUCUCUGAGCAUCAGCUGCAAGGAGGAACUGGAAGCCAUCCGUGAUGCCCUGACCCCCCUGCUGGCAUGUGCUGCUGCUAAGAUCGGUGACAUAGAGGCCAUCGAAGCCCUAAAGGAAAUGGGCAGUAACUUGUGUCUGGGUGACUAUGACGGACGUACACCCCUCCAUAUUGCUGCCUGUGAGGGCCACCUCAAACUGGUGCAGUACCUACUGAGUAAUGGGGCUACAGUCUACGCAAAAGAUCGCUAUGGGGACACACCUCUAUGCAACGCUGUACGCUUCAGGCACAGGGAGGUUGUGAAGCUGCUGCGGAAGACAGGAGCCCACCUCUCCAGAGACAAGUUGGAGGAAGCAGGAACAGAACUGUGCAGCCUGGCAGCCACCGGUGACCUGGAGGGCCUGGAAAUCUGGAGCCUUGCUGGAGCCGAUCUGAAUAAACCAGGUUAUGAUGGACAGACAGCACUGCAACAGGCCCAGGCUGUCGGCAAAACGGAAGUGGUGACAUAUUUAACUCAUCUUAUAAGCAAAAAGGCCAAGACAGUAUUUGGUGAAUUUAAUGAGUUUGAUGAAUAUGAUGAUGAUGAUGAUGAUGAGAGCGGAGUGAUCGAGUUCACGGUCCCUCCAACAGGACUGUGAGCUGACGCUACCUAAACCAACAGGAAUGCCUCCGCUGCUUGCAUCCACUUCCUCCCAAGCCGUCGUCUACACACCGUCCACCGUCCUGUUGAACGCCACAGAGCUGCUCUCACUUUGAAUGUUCAGAUUUGCUGAUGCUGCUUACAGUGUUUCCCUCCAAGCCCACUCACAACAGCACAACAUUGUGAAGCACUACUUUGAGUGUACGCUGCCCCAAAAACAGGCAACACUAGAUGUGUGUGUUUAAUUGUUGCACAGAAGUAUAUACAUGUGGAAAGGUAUUAUCGUCCUGAAUAUGAAUGUUCAAUCAGGGAUUAAGGGUGAACUUCACUUCAGCUGUAUUUAACAUGGAGAGUGCUGAAACCUCCCAUUCGUCCUUCAGCAGUGAAGGGUGGAGGAUAAAUUGUGUUUUAUAUAUGUACCAAAAGACUUAAAGAACGUGACUAGUGUGACGUUACUUCAUAAAGUAAUGUCGUCUCUUGCUAUAGCAAUAUAUUCAUGAUGUCUGAACCUACAGGGUAUUCACAGAUUUUAUAUUUAUGCUUAUUUUUACAGGAGAAGCUGCAAAGUAUCAUGUAAACUAAUGGAAAUGUUUUUGCCUGUGAUGUUAAUUUACUGUAGCACACGUCCACUAGAGAUCUUCACUUCCUGUUGCUCAAACAGGUACUGCAAAAACCCAUAGUUACCUUUCGGACUCAUCCAGCCUGUUUCUCGUGCCGACUACCGAGCCAGAAGAGCCGCAUAUCUCACUUUGAAAUGGAAAAGAGAAAUUCAGACUAUUGUGUGAGGCUAGAUAAAGACCGCCUGCAGUUUCUGUGCUCUCUCUUGUGUAUUUUGAGCUUCGUCUUAUAUUUUUUGUGAUCAAAAACAAACAACAUGCUGUGUUUUCCGUAUCUUUGUGCUGCGACAAGUAAACGUUAUUAAACGUUGCCACUCUUGUUUGGUAUAAUUUACUUUUUUAAACCAAUCUAGGUCUUUUUUUUACACUUUAAUGUUAACAUCUGUAAGGGAAUCUCCUGUGAUUAAUUUAACUUUGAAGUGCAAACACAUUUGAAUGACUUGAAAUUUAUCCUGCUGUUCACAAUGCCGUCCCACUGUUUUCAAUAAAAAAAAAAAAAAAGCUGUGUGUA